AUGAUUUUGAAUAUAAUUAUUUAAAUGAAGAAGAUGAUAUAACAAAUUUGGAUGAUGAUAAUUUGAGUUCAACAACAUCAAAUAUUAAUAGCUAUACAACGGAAAGCACAAGUUAUAAUGAGGAAAUUUUACCAUUUACAUUAGAUGAAAUAGAAAUUGAUAGUGAAAUAGUUAUUAAUACCAAAGUAGAAAAUAAAUUAUAUACAUUGGGAGUAUGCAUGUCUCAUUACAGUUUUGACCAAAAUUCUCUCCAUAAUCCAAAAUUAAAACAACAACGAUCAGUAGAAAAAAGUUGGAUUUAUAAAGACGGUGUUUAUUUU